AUGGGGCAGAGCGAGCUCGACGAGCUGAAAAAGAUUUUAGAGUCGAAAACUCCCGCGCGUCCGUGGGGGGAGCGACCGUCCCCGAAGAGGACGGCGGCCUCGCCCGCGUUGAAUGGGACGCCCAUUUCGAGACGAUUCGACGCCGCGGCUUCCUCGCCGUCGACGCGAGCGACGACGUCCUCGCCGUCGAAUUCGCCGCUCGGCGCGUACACGCGGAAAGACGCGACGAUCGCGGAGCUCCAGAGCGCGCUGAAGGGCAAGGAGAAGACGAUCGAGAGCCAGAGAGACACGCUCGCGGGGACGAGGCGCGCGCUGGAAGACCGCAUCUCUCGGCUCGAGCGAGACGUCGGCGCGCGCGACGCCAAGCUCCGCGACGUCAAGAGCGAGCUCGAGAGCGCGAUGUUCGCGAGGACGUCCGCGGAGAACGCGCUCGAGGCGGAGACGACCGCGGCGAAAGCGAUGCGCGCGCUCUCGCACGAGACCGAGAAGGCGAUGAAGAGCAAAGAGAUCGACCUCCUCGAGGAGCUGAAGCGCGAACGCGAGGAGCGACGCCGCGACGCCGUCGCGCUCGCGGUCGAGAGAGAGAAAGUCGCGGCGCUGACCGAGGAGCUGACGCGGUGUAAGGCGCGAGAGUCCGCGACGAGCGACGCGCUGAGAAGCGAGACGGAGACGCGAAGGGAGACGCUCCGGAAGCUGAACAAGUACCGGCGGCACAACAAGGACAGAGAGGCGAGGGACGCGGCGCUCGCGGCGCGUCGAGACGCGAACGAGGAGGACGUCUCGUCGCUGCGAGAGGCGCUCGCGCGAGAGCGGAAGGGGAGGGAAGAGGCGGAGCGGUGGCUGAAGACGGAGCUCGAGGCCCGGGACGAGAUGACCGGUCUGUUUACCGCGCUGAGGGACGUCGCGGGCGGGAAAGCGGCGAGCGGCGGCGGCGGCGGCGGCGACCGCGACCGCGGCGGCGACGCGCGCGAGUCCGCUCGGCGGCGCGAGCUCGAGACCACGCGAGCGAGAGAGGAUCGCGAGAUCAAAGCGCGAAGGGACGCGUUCGAGGACGCGGAGUGCAGACUGCACGCGGACAACGACGCCCUGAGCGCGGAGAUCGAGGAGGCGAGGGCGACCAUCGCGACGCGGUUGUCGACGACGGACGGCGACGCGUCGUCGCCGCCCGGCGCGGACGCGUCGGAGACGAUGCGCGUGCUGUCGUCCUUGGAGUGCCCGGAGGGCUGGGACGCGAACGUUCGACGGGAGAUCCCGGAGAGGAUCGAGGUCGCGACGGACAAGAAGACGAAAGGGAAGAAGCCGAAGAAGCCGUCCUCGGAGCGGUUUAAACACGCUGGCCUUCCGUUCGCGAAGUGA